AUAUCUAUACAAAAUGGAGUUAACCCCUCACCAACUUCAUUAUUUCAAGCGAGAGCUUAUUUCUCAACAACUUGAUAAAGAAGUCGAUCAAAUUAAAAAAUCCACUCAAUUGUCCAGUCUUAUCCAUCCCACACCCGAGACCAGUAGUGAAUACCCAUUUUUGCAGUAUCUUACCCAACACUUUAUCUUGGAGUUUCCUCUUUUAAAGAACGGCAAUGAAAACAACUUUUGGACAAAGUUACAAGCUUUUCUGGACGAGUAUAGUAAAUUAAAGCUGGAUAAUUAUACACCUAAAUCCACCAGAGAUUCUCAAAGACGUGUUUUGCUCUACAAGAUAGAAAAGCUAUUGAUUAUUUCUCUUUCUGCCAGUAUCAAGACUGUUCAAGGUAAAGAAGAAUCUAUUGAUGUUCUGGAUUUGGCCAAGCAAGACCCAGCCGAGGAAAGUUUGGUUACCAAGUUAAAUUUGACUCAUCUCGAGAGCGAAGAAACUUAUUUGGAAUGGAUCGGACUCAAUGGUUUGCGUCUGAAUGUCGUGACUGUACGUGAUGUCAGUGAAGUACGUACCAUUCGUCAACAUGUCCAUUCUGAGUUUAUUGUCGAGACAAACCUGGUUGUAGCCGAGGGAGAGGAGCCUGCUCCUACUGUGUAUGUUGCAAGACGUCAUGGACAAUUUCGUCAACUCCGAGAUGAUCUCAAAGUGGCAUUUCCUACCUUAGAAAUCCCCGCUGUUCCCGGAAAGGCGCGUGAUUCUUCCUAUGCAGCCAAAGAAAGUCAACAUUUACAUCGUGAAAAGGACCGUAUCAUGUUGAGAUCUUUCCUUCGUAGAUUAUGUGCGGAGCCUGUGGUUGCAAACAGUGACAUCUUUAGAGACUUUUUGUUGAAUGAACCAAUGCAAUUGUCAUUGCUUGAACAAAAGGAUGCGGACUUGCGCCAGAAAAUGGAUCAAAACCGUAUUGACGAAGAAAAGAGAUUCCGUGAACAAGUUGAUCAAAAGAUUGUUGAAUUGGAUGGUUUAUUGGACAUGUUAAAGACCCAAAUUAUGAAGCCUAAUGGAUUGGUUGAAAUUUUCGAGGUUAUCAAGACCACUGAAACAAUUGAUAAGUUACCCGUCGAGUUAAGAAAGGCGUUUGAAUGGGGUAGAAUUAAUUUCGCAUUUGUGCUUCAUACACAGUUCGUCACUUCGGAUAGAUCUGUUGAAAAUGUUGCUAAUUUGAAACGUACUCAUUCUCUUAUGCCUUACCGUACCAUUGCUCAGAUUCUCAAAUUAUCCAACCCAUUUUCUAUGGUCAAGGGUGUUUUGGAUUUAUUUUUGGCCCAACCUUUUGGCGGAAAAAGUCUUUUCCAAAGAAUUAUGUUGUCCAAUAUGAGUGAACAAAGCAAAGACAUGCAAAAAGAUAUUGAAGAACUUCAACUCAAGAUUAAUGACCCGCCACUUUGUGAAAAGGUUGCCAAUGCUGUUCAAUCUGAUAUUCCUGCUGGUGUUAGCAUGGGUAAGACUACACCUAUUCAAGAGACCUUGGAACUGUUAAAAAAUCCUACAAUUCAACCUGUCUUGACCCCUCAACAAAUUAUGCGCGUCGCAUUUGCCAACCAACCUGGUAAAGUAGAAGCACGUACGCUUGUUGAAAACCUGCACAAGUUAUGGAUCUUGUAUGCUCGUAAACAGGAGCAAGAGUCAUUAAUGUCCUUGGUCUUCCAAGGCGUCACAGGUGAAAUCAUCAAGGAUUUGUUUGCCAUCUUUUAUGAACCUUUAGCUCAAGUUUAUAAGGCUGCUAAUAUUGGUGAUAGUAUUGGUCAUGUUGCUGGUUUCAUCAAUGACUUGAUUGCCAUUAUUGAUAAAUUAGAUGUAGAGGAUGCUACUAAUACUGCACAACCUUUCAUUGACCUUGUCCAACGCCAUGAAUCCGAGUUCUAUCAAUUUGUUCAUAAUGUGCAUGCUCAAGAUCAAAGCAAGUUGUUUGAUAAUUUGUUGGGUUAUGUUGAUAACUUGUUUGGUUUUGUCUCCCAUGGUAUACCUACUCGCAUUGAUGUUGAACAGAUUACAUCAGAAGCGGGUAUCACCAGUGCAGAAAUUCCUGCAUUGAAACAAGAAAUUGAUGCUUUGUGUGCAUAUCACUAUAGCCGAAAACAAAGACAUUUGGAACGUAAGCGACAAAAGCUGAUGUCUACAAACGAUGUGGCUGAUUCGGAAGAGAUCUUUAACUUUUUGCCUGAUAACAAGGAGGUGAUGGGUGUAUUUAAUGAUAUUGCUGAAGUAGAUUAUGAAAGCGAGGAGGAAGAAUCUACUAGUGGCGGAAGUAGUAGCAGUCUCGUUGCUCAUGAGUCUACUAUUGUACCUCCUACCCUUGUACUGAUUCCCAAGAUUGCACCUACUUUUGUUAAACAUGUUCGACAAAUCAUGCAAUAAA